GGUGAAUGUCGGAUAAUCUUCACUUUUUAGGAGUGUUUCUUGUUUAUUUGUAAAAAACGAUAAUAUGCGUAUCUCUAAACAAGAUGAUAUAUUAAAUUCUGUCCAAUAAUGUGUGUAGUGAAGUGUAACACAUAUGAAAAAGACUACACUUAGAAUAUGAGUUAAAUUGGUUGAAGUUUCCUUUGUAUUUAGUUUAUAGUUAUAGAACAGUACAGACAUGGCAAGGGAGCAGGUAACCAGAAAAUGGGAAAUAUUUCAAGGUAGAAAUAGGUUUUACUGCAAUGGAAGGCUAAUGACUGCACCACAUUCUGGAGUAUUUUUGUUGACUCUUUUUUUAAUUACUGUAACAAGUGUGUUAUUUUUUGUAUUUGAUUGUAAAUAUUUGGCAGAAAAUGUGACAAUAGCCAUUCCGAUCAUCGGAGCUUUGCUGUUCUUAUUUACAGUGUCUUCCCUUUUGCGUACAAGCUUGUCUGACCCAGGUAUCAUACCUAGGGCGUCGUCAGAAGAGGCAGCCUACGUUGAAAAGCAAAUAGAAGUAACAAAUUCUGCCAACAGUCCUACAUAUAGACCGCCACCCAGGACGAAAGAAGUUUUGGUGAAGGGUCAAACCAUUAAACUUAAGUAUUGCUUCACUUGUAAAAUAUUUAGGCCGCCUAGAGCUUCGCAUUGUAGUUUAUGUGAUAAUUGUGUAGAUAGAUUUGAUCAUCACUGUCCAUGGGUGGGAAACUGUGUUGGUAGAAGAAAUUAUAGGUUUUUUUACAUGUUUAUAGUAUCACUAGCAUUUUUAGCAGUAUUUAUAUUUGCCUGUGCAGUUGCGCAUCUUAUUUUAAUGACGAAGGAAGAUCGUGAAUUCCUAGAUGCCGUGAAGGAAUCCCCUCCCAGUGUGCUAGUUGCUGUCAUUUGUUUUUUUAGCGUUUGGAGUAUUUUGGGCUUGGCCGGAUUCCAUACGUACCUUACGGCUAGCAACCAAACCACUAAUGAAGAUAUAAAAGGAUCUUUUACAAGCAAAAGAGGCCAAGAAAACGUCAACCCUUAUUCGGAGGGCAACGUCUGCUUAAAUUGUUUUCACAUUCUCUGUGGACCGAUUACUCCUUCGUUAAUCGACAGAAGAGGUGUUGUCACAGAAAGCUACCAGUACGAAAACAGUAGACCUGUUACCAAUGCACCAACUUUGCCUUUGAAGAAAUAUGGAUUACCGUUGCAGAAUGGUCCCCAACAAGUGACACCAGACGCGGCGGAAAUGCCAGGCAUCUACCGCCAAACCACCGAGAAUACGGAAAGCAACACGGGUAGCGUGACCCACUUAGUGUCUAGCGAACAGCCCCUAGCCGUCGUUCCCGCCGCAGUGCAUUUACAGAGAACCCACGGGGACUUGCAACAGUAUCAGUCGCAAACCAGUUUGAACCACUCCCCGGUAUACAACAACAUAACCCCAACGCACGCCGCUACCGCGCAACUCAGCAAAUCACAAAGCUGUAUCGACAAUAUAAACUCCACGUCUUCCUCGAAAGAAAACGGCGCGAAAGACAUUACGUUGAACAUGGAAGACCUCCAUUUGGAUCCUGUGAUAUUGAGGGAGAACCACGUACUGGUCAACAUCAACGAAAAAGGACGACUUGCCGAUUUGAGGCUAGACAACGAUAUGACAGUGCAGGACAAGGAAAACAGUUUGUUGAGUGUUAGUAGGUUGCGACUGUUGCAAGACACGACGAUGAUCGAGAGUGCUUUAGACUUAGAUUCGUUGGAUGGGUCUAGUUUAGGUACGAACAGUCAGGCGGGAUUAAUGAAAGUAGACGUGUAGUUCAUUCGAGAACUUUUAGAAGAGUAUGUUUGUCAUUUGUUUGGUAACAGCCGAUAUAUAAUAGUAUUGAUUACAGAAAAACGUAAAAUAACUCAUAAUAGUGCAAUAUAAACGGGAUUUAUUUGUUUUCGACUUAUUUUAUUGGUCAAAAGUUUUGUUUGCAACAGAUUUAUCUGUGCCAAUGCAAGUGGCUUUUACAGUAAUCUCCAGCUAGGAAAAACUAGUGCAGUGCAUCUUAGUAUUUCAGAAUUUUGAUGUGUGAUAUUCUUAAUAAAGUGUCUUAUCGUGAUCGGUGUCAACAUUGUUAAUGUUGGAGCAGUACGAAAAUAAAAAGCUGCACUGGUUCUUUCUAGAUGGUGCGUAUUCUACUACAAAGUUACUUUUUUUAAGGUUUUUUUACUAAUUUUUCAGUCACUUCUAUAUAUUUAUAUUAUAGAUUGUUACACCAUAUAAAACAAAACUUUUGGUUAAAUGCUAGAAAUGUGUAAAAAGAUAGAUAUUGGACAAAUUUAUUUUUAUACAUCGUAUUCACUUUUGUAUAACCUGCAUUUCAGAAUUCAAACCGCUAAAGCAGUCUAACUUAUUUUUACUUAAUUAAAUUUAUCAAAAAAUAAAAUCCUGACCUUCUGCAUUAGAUAUUUGCAGAUUAACACUAACAAGUGCACAUGAGGAUCUUCUCUUCUUGGAGUGGUGUUUCCGGUUAGAGGACAUUAGCUAUCACGCUCAGCAGAAAUGAGAAUGUAGGCGCCAUUUACUUUGGAUGACAGAAAAUGGAACCUACUGUGUCUCUGAACUGCGAACCAAGCCUAAAAUUUGAAAUAUCUCUAAUUUUUCAGAUGUUCAGUGUACGAGGGUGGAUUAAUAUAAAACUAGCCUUUGAAAAAAAAAAACGUUUUUUGGAAUUAAAUCGAUUUAUUUCUCAACAUAGUAGUCCCCUUUUAGCUCUAUACACUUAGUAAGACGAUGUUCCAAUUUUUUUAUCCCAUACGAACAUACUUUUGCUCGAGCUCUUCACAAUAGACCGAAGUUUCAGCGAUGACUUCAUCAUUUGUUGCUAAACGGCGUCCUCCGAGCCAUUUUUUUAGGUUUGUAAACAGGAAAAAAUCGCUGGCGGCAAGAUCUGGAGAAUAAGGUGGGUGUUCAACCAAUUCAUAGCCCAAUUCAUGUAAUUUUGCCAUGGCGACGGUCAAUAGGUGAGCCGGUGCAUUGUCUUGGUGAAAGAGGACUUUUUUGCUUUCCAAACCGGGACGUUUUCCACUCAAUUCGGCAUCGAAUUGAUCCAAUAAUGCUGCGUAGUACUCACCAUUGAUUGUUUUUCCUUUUUCCAAGUAGUCGAUGUGGAUGAUACCCUUCGCAUCCCAGAAAACAGUCGCCACCACUUUGCCGGCCGAAUGUGCACUCUUUACCUUCUUCGGCGGCCCUUCUCCGCGUUUCCGACACUGUUUCGACUGUUCUUUGGUUUCCGGUGUGUAAUAAUGCACCCAGGUUUCAUCAACGGUGAUAAAUCGGCGAAAAAACUCCUUCGUAUCGCGCGCCGUGUCAUCGCCAAAAGCGUCCCCGAAGUGGUCACACGUUUUUGCAUUUGCAAAUGAUGGUGAAUGAUGUGUAAGCGUUCGUAGGAAUGUUCGUAGGACCUCUAUUAACUCGCGGAGCUUAAUUAGACGAUCUGCCAUAAUCGUGUCAUGGACUUUGUUGAUCAUUUACGGCGUGGUGACUUCAUUUGGCCUCCCGGGACGCUCAUCAUCAAAAACAUUCGUACGACCACGAACAAAUUCAGCUUUCCAAAAUUUUACUGUUGCUAACGAAGGUGCAACGUCACCAUAAACUCCAGAUCCAGGUCGGCUUUGAUUUGCACAUUCGUUUUACCCGUUUUGUGGAGAGUAACUUAAUUACCGAACGAUACUCGACUUUCGCAAUGUUCCGAAAAUGUCUGCCUUCUUUUGUUCGAGUUUAACUUCUAGAUACCACUGUCUGACGAGCCCCAAUAUAGUUCGAAACAUGUCGUAGUUUGGAUGGAGCACAAACUUUGAGGCAGACAAACUACCAAUUCUUUUUGUUUUUACAUCCGUGGUGUUCCUACUGGACAUCUUUUUUCACUAUUUUCCCUUGCUAGCUAUCUUCUCAAUGUUUUUCUAUAAAACCAUAAUUGGAAGUGGAGAUUUUUAAGUAUAAUAUUUGUUAUUGUACUGGUUUCUACUCCGAAGUAACACGGAGAACAAAUAACUAUUUCGUAUUCUUAUCUUUAGCUCUGUUAUUAAUAUGAUGUCCUCAAAGAAUUUAAACUUUUAUACUUAAACUCCAAGAAUGGAUGACAAAAAUACCAAAAAUUCAUGCUAGCUUCAAUACUCUUCAGACGUUCCAAUGUUCUUUGUAGAUACUUUGCGAUUUCUUCCGUCUGAUUAUGUUGAUUUCUCUACGACACGUGGGUUCUAACACAUCAUGCACGUCAGAACAUUCUGCUCUAUCUUAAGCUCUUGGGUCUUCAAGAGAAUGUAGUUCAACAUCCUGCUUUAUGCCAAUAUUACACCUCAACACAUAUCCAUUUGAUAUGUCAAAUCUUUAAUAAUAUCUUCACACUCGAUUGUAUAAUUUGUACGAACAAAUGAGAGCUGAAUUUUGAUUAUUUCACGUAUCUUUACUAUAUGAAUAGUAAAAACGACUUCGAUUCGGAAAUAUCGAAAGUUACAGUAAAAGCCUUGUGCAACUCGUACAAUAUGUUAAAUACUGUUGAGCCGAUCUGACUUAAACUGGCGCAGAUAGUCGGAUUAUUAAAGAAAGACUGGAUUCUAUGUACUAACAGAUGAAAGCAGGAUUUCCUCUCUCAUUUUUCCUUUUUAUUCUUUCACACACCAUGUAUUACUAUAGAAAUAUCGAAAAGUAUAGUAAAGGUAUCUUAUGUAAACUGAAAAAUGAUUUAUGUACCGUUCUGGCAUGAACUGGCGUAGUGAGACAGUUUAUAAAGAACCAAAAACGAAUCAGCAGAUAUUGUUUUUUAUUUGGAAAGUUAUAACUGGGUAGCUGUUAUUUACUUGAAAGCUUCAUCUUUCAGAAAAGGUGCCAUUUUUGUAUAUUGAGAUAAUUGGAAUGCUGUCAGUUAAUAUUUACUGUGCGUUAUAAAUAUUAAAUGUCUGAAGAUUAACUAUAUCUCGUAUAUAGAGUAGUAACUAUACGAAUAUCCUUCAGAAUUAUGGAGUUAUUUAUUUUAUAUCAGAAGUUUUUCCCCUUUAGCUUGUGACACAGUUUUGUGUCUUUUUAUAAAAGUUCUGGUACUCGAUCGGCAAAUUUAGAUUACUGAGGAAUCUGAACCUGACUGUACAUUUCUCAUUUUGUUGUAACUUUACCUAAGGCCAAGAACCUCCGUGGAACGAUCAGUUCACAUAAAUCAACUACAGAUUUUCCGCUGACUUUUGUUUCUUUUUGCAGAGACACAUGACGCAUUUAAUCAGAUUGCUUGCUGAUGUGCUGAUCACGCCACAAGACGUACUUCCUAAAGUGUGGCUCAAGAUAAGAGAUUGUCUUCGAGCACGCUGGCAGUCAACGUGUUAAAAGCUGUUUUCAUUUUUCUUGAAUAUAAGUAAUUUAGACUUGUUUCCAGCGCAUUGAAAUCUACCGAUUAAUUUUUCAAGUUUCCAAAGAGUCUAUCCUUAUUCUACUAAUCUUUAGGGGUGUGAACCUUACCUGAAAAUUGGAACGCAGGAUAUUUUUGUGCUUCUGAAUAUUUUAGCAAGGAGAUACUAUCGUUUCAGUAUAAUUUUAUUGAGUUUGGACAAGGUAUAUUUUGGUCUGAAAAGAUUUACCUGGAAGCCUUUCUAUACGCAUUUUGACCAGAACCAUUUUAUUAAUACUUCACUCUUGCAAUCAAACUGCAAUCUUAUCCCGGCACCCGCUUACAUUUUUCUAUAAAGCCGAAAUCUCUAUUUUAAGACAAUUCUGUCAGUUUCCAAUAUCCUAUCAUUAGGAGACACUUACCUUGGGAUACCUGAUCCAAGAAUAGAAGUACUCGUGCAUUGAUUUUUAGUUUAUAGUUAACAAUAUUAAAUGCAAAUGUAACGUAAAAAUAAUUUAGAACAACAAAACGGUUUGUAAAUUCCUAAGAAGUAACUUGGUAAAUAUUUUUUGAAAUUUCGUAGGAUUCUACUUAAUUGGGACAUUUAAUGAUUUGUGAAAUGGCUGAAUUGCAUAAUUUACACGAAAAUUCCACAAUUUACUCUAAUUAUGAUAUACUUGGUAGUAAAAAUUGAAUCAUAUUUAACAAUACUGAUAACGACGUCAUCCAUGACAAUAAAAAGACAAUUUGAUGGCAAUUCGAUAUUUGGUAUUGUUGAUAAAAAUCGUAGUUUUGAUGUGUUAUCUUUCAAUAUGGACAAAACGUCUUUACAAGCUGUAGGAGCACGUCCAAAAACUUCGUUUUUCUGCACCAGAUCUAUUUGUUGCAGUGCUCAAAAUAUUUUCUAUUUCUUUUCUCGUUGUCCAUAUUUUCCUCCAACUGUGUCGAGCUUUCGACUCCCUUUUUGGAAUCUUCAUUAGAACUUGCGGGAUUAAAGUCCCUAGAUCGAUUCCCUGUUACGCUGGGAUGGUACAACUUAUAAUAAAUAAAAUAUGUUGACAAUGAUCAUAUACUUAGGCAACUUAUAAUCAAUGAGCGCUCGCUAAGAAACUUCUCAACCGCGACAAGAUUGAUUUAAUGAGUAUCUACGUUACCUGCGCAAUGAGCGAUUUUUGGUAUCCAAGAAUAUACUGAAAUUGAAAUUCUGAAAAAAAAACUUUGGGUACUUCUGUUCUAUAAAAUUCGGAAUUAGUCCAUUUUCCAAUUGAAAAAAAUGUGCCAAUUUGUUGUGCCUAAACCAAAUUAAACUUUUUUAGGAAAAUUUUGAUGAAGACUUAACCCAAUACAGUAGAAUCCUGUUUUUCCCCAUAAUAAUUUCCUAAAUUGUAAAAAUGGUGAUAUAUUGACUAUUUAGGUGAGAUUAUCAAUUUGGAGACUCAGGUGUAAAAGUAACGUAAUAGUUAAAUCCCAAUAACUGAAUGCAAACAUCACAUUAGGUAUAUUUGAUUAGUAAUGGAGACAAACUUCAUGGAGAAUAAGUUGCUGCUUCAUUCCAAUCAGCCCUGUUUGGAAUACAAAUAAAACUACUUGCGAUUACAGUACAUAGUGCAAUAAAUAAGGCUGUGUUUAGACCCACCACGGCCGUAUUUAAUAACAAAUAUAGCUAAGAACCAACGGCCUAAUGUUAACAAUUGAAUCAGUGAAAUGUGAAAGGAUAAAAUUCCAAAAACUUUACUUUUGGAAAAUUAAAAUAAACGUUUUAUCUCUUUAACUAUUUUUAACAGCAUAGUUACUUUUUUGUAGUAUAGAGCAAGCAGAACAUAUUUAUGUAACAAUUAAAUUUUAUAUGUACACAUUUAUUGAGUAAUUACUAUUUUUCUUAUUGGAAUGUUAUCCUUUUAGAAGUCAAGUAAAAAAUCAACGCUAUUUUGAUACUAUAAACUUAGUUAUUUACAUUUAAAUGCUGUUAUAAAGUUUAUUCAUCGUCACUUAAAUCACUAAUAACACUUUCAUCAUUCCCCUAAAUUGGAAUCGAUUGGUCCCAACUAGGAUCUGUUCGUAGAAAUGUUUGUUAGCUUUCACUGGCAACAUUGAGUGAUAGACUUGAUCUGUGGGAAGCUCCACUCUUCCUCCUUUAUAGAACUUGAAAGUUCCAACCACGAAUGAAUCAAUGAAUGGACGAGACAUAUCCAUAUUUCUCACUGGUAUACGGGAAGUGCUUAAAUUUACUGAUGUUAAAAUCUUGUGUCUUUUCUUGGCUUUUUGUAGUUUUCUUGACUAUCGAAGGCCACCAUUGUUUGAAAUCAAGAAAAUUUGCAUAGGUACUACUAGAAAUCUUGGUGCUUUUACUUUAGCAUCUUGAAUGAUGUUAUUGCAUUAAUCUGGUAUAAAAAUACGGUCAUGUUUAAGAAUAGCGCCUUUUGAUGUGGCAAAGUCGCGAUCACUGGGAAAUAAUGGUGAAUUAAGUUAAAUCUUCCUGUCAUGGUGUGGUUGCGGUUUUGACCACUGUAAGCGUCACUAAAAACAUGUAACUCUUUUACUUCAGGGGGUAUUUUAUCUUUAAUGUACUUAGAUACCAUCGUACAAACUUUGUUAGGCCCUUUUUUCCUACUCUCAUGAUAGGUAUAAAAUACUACUUUAUUAGUUGUUAAGUUGUGGACACUAAAGACAUACAACCAUAGUUUACGCAGGUAAAACAUUUCCUGCACAGGUAAUGCAGGCAACUGUACCUUUUACAUAAAAUCAAAACUAAUUACCAUAAUGUCUGGUCUGUUAUUGCUCAUUUCUCUAACACAAUUUAUUUUAGAGUAACAUUUUUUAGCUCUUCGUUUAUGUAUAACAAUAUCAGCCGCGACUGAUAACUUUGCAUUUUUUUUCAGAGAGGUUUUUGAACGGUUUUUUACUUGGUUCCAAAGGAGACUAGGAAAAACACAUUGGAGAAUGUCUGGUAUGACAGGAAAUGGUGUCUUCACUGUUUAUUAACAAAUAAUAGGUCCAUGAAUCAGCAUUCAAGAGAGACUAUAUUUUUUGUUCUAUAUAAGGGUGUUCUAAGUUUUGCACAAAUAAUAGAAAAAAAGUAAGAAGAAAAAUAAAAAAGAUCGAUACAAUUUUGCAUUAGCAAAAACCAAUCGUCGAAGUAUUUAUACCAAUCUGAAAUAGCUGAAAAGCUUUGUAUGCUUCGAUCUGGCGUCUUAAAACUUUUACCGCGUAGCUUGUUUUUGAUUCUCGAAAAUAAAAAGAAAUUACAUGGUACCAAGUCAGGACUAUAUGCAGGAUGGUCCACCAAAUCGAUGUUUUUGAUCACCAUUCGCGAUGUUUCAUACCAAAUUUGAGCUGUCUCCUUUGUAUCGAUUAAGGGUCGCGCUGUACCAAUCGACACGUAUCUUCUUAUUGGCAGCAGUCAUAUUAUAAGGAACCCAACGACUGUACAUUUUUCAAACUGCUAAAUGGCCAUGCAAAAUUGUUUGUAUUUAAUUUGUGCAGCAUCUGUAUACGGACGGCCUUCACGGAAUUCAUCAGUAAUACUGAUGUGUCCACGCGUGAAUCCUUCAAAUAUGUGUAAAGAGUGGAUGAGGCUGGUACUUUAUCACGAAAACCAAAACGAAGUCGAUCGACGCAUUGUUUUCUAGUUACAUCAACUUUAAAAUCAUAUAAAAUCAUCAAACGAAAACUUUCACGAGAUUUCCAUUUUUUUUUCACCGAAAUUGAUUGGUUUAAACAUUUGUGAUUACUAAACCUCGCACUGGAUUGUCAAUCUGUUAAUGUUUACCAUAAGGAAUAUCAAAAUUCACGAAAAUCAUAUUUAAAAGUCUAAUAACUUCCGCUAGAUGGCUCUGUACAAAACUUUUAGCGUACGCCCCGUAUACCAGCUCUAUCUAGGACUAGUACAGAGAGUAGUGCUCUACCUGUUGUAUUAACAGGAGUAUGAAGGAGUUUUCAGGAAAAAAUAUUUUCUUCCUAUAUACAAGAUCCUGCUAAGAUUAGAAUAUAAGGGGAAAAUAUAUGUCCACAUUUUCUGCCUGUAUUCUGGUUCACCUAAGUUUAUUUGGAACCACAAAAUUGUGCCAAAGUCCACAUUGUCGCAUGUUGCAGAUAAAUUUCUAUGCACACUAUUAUUUGAGGUACCUUAUGUGUCCGAUAUUUCAUACAUUCUAGGUAAUACGGGCUUGACCUUUGUAUCAGUUGAUUCGACGCCUUUCUAAUAAAAUCUCAAGUCAGUUUACUCAUUGUUAACAAAAUCGUUCGUUGGCGUUCUCUCAACAACAAACAAAUUGACAAAUCGCUCUCUACUGUCAUAUUAACCUAUUAAAAGAAGGUUCUGCAGGGUGGUAAAGAAAAUUCCUUCUAAAUCAGGUCACAUCUGUGUUCUUGUAUAUUGAUAAAAAAAUCGCUUACUGACAAUCGCGAUUGGUAGCCGCCUUUACCGUAUGUAUUAAAAUUUGAUAUUAAGGCGACAAAAUUGUAUUAUUGCGUACUCUUGCAUGGCUAGUUGGAAUGAAAUCUAAGUAUUUUCCUAUAAGUGAGAAAGAAGGGUUUUUUCAGUAUAAAAUUCGGUUAAAUGCAAACAAAUUACCUAAAAUAGGGGUAGUUAUGCUUUUUUUCAUCGUUACGAUGCCUCAAUCAAUCUGUUCACAUUGUAAAUUACUAAUAAAACAGCUCAUUCGGCUAGCUGACCUGGAUUUUACUCUGAAUCUACUUUAAAUAUAAAUUAUUCUGAGCACGGUAGUAUUUGUUUCAGAAAUAAAUUAUUAAACAAGUAGGUGAAAGACAUUUACGUUAAAUAACAUUAUGCAAGAAUACUAUUUAUUAAAAACAUGUAAAAAAAUAUGCAAAACUAUGAACAACGGGUUAAUGACACAUAUAUUUAUUUUAUACCUAAAAUUUAGCAAAGUGUUAAACAUUAUGGAGAACACAAGUGGAGUUUACGAUGCCUUUUUCUACAACGAAAGGUUUUCUGCGAAUUCCGUUAAUCGUUUUGCGGUGUACGGUGGUUGAAUGUACUGUAUAUAUUAAGAGGCAACAGAGAUGCGGCAUUUGCAGUGUCCUCUUCCUAUUUACACCAUAAUUUGAAAAACAAAGUUCCAUUCCGCGGUAUUCACUAGAAAUUUUUUUUUCUUUCUACCAUACAGUUGUGUAAGGAUAAAAAAUAAUAAAUUUACAAAAAAUUACACCAAAUAAAACCCAUAUAAGCGGGUAUCGAAGGAUCCCACAGCAAAUUAACCCCAGGUUCAACAUCCCGCGUCUUUUGUAGGCUAACUUUCUUAAACUCUGUUGAUUUAUGCGAGGACCAAGACUUAUGUACCUAUAUAUGAAGUUACAAAACUCCUAUGAUACUCGUGAGACAAAUAGAUAAACGGAUACACAUUGACACGAAUGAUUUGUUAAGUCCUUAUUAAUCAUUGUACUGGAUAUUUCUACCAGAAUACUGGAAACAAUCAUAUAAUACUACGUACCAGAAUUGCCUAUUUAAUGUUUAUAAAUCACUUAAACAGACAACGCAAUUCAAUGUGUCAAUGAAUUACUGUAGUAAAAUAAAUAAUAACCCCUAGAAUAAAAAGGGGUAAGACAAAUCCACUUUCGGCUGUCUUUUAUGACAUGCGUAGUUGUAUGCCUCGUUCUACCUUUAGAUGCGUGGAGCAAGUUGCAUCGUGGAAGUGUACCGGUUUCCAGUAAACAAGAAAAACUCAUUUACUAGUAAACUAUGAUAGUUAGAGCAAUUUUGACGUAUUAUCUACGUCAAAAAAGCAUCAAAUUUAUAACGCCUUGUUACUAAUUUCAAUACAACCACCUUUAUAAAAAUGAAUAUGUCGCUUCUUUAUUUUUCCAAAUGUCGUCCAAUUUACAAGGGUGCAUCCUACAGAAAACGAUGAAAAGCAAAUAUAUACAUUAAAAUCUAUGUCUAAACAAUAUGAAAUUCAGUUGUGAUGUCGUAAGUGUCCACAUACAGAUUUGGAAUUUAUUUUACAGAACAUAGAACACAGAACAUUUUUAUAACAAUACAAUGAUUAGCUGAUUUGCAAUUAACUAGUGUAAAUUUCAAUAUAACGUCGCCAUGUUUUAUACGGAACACUUUAUACAUGUCAAUUCGCCAAAAAUUACUAUAUUAUUUUACUAAAAAAAAAUUGUUAUAUUUUAUUGCCAAAAUGGCAUGAAAAAAAAAGUAGAUUUCUAAAAAUUAAAAUAAAAACGAAUUCCAAAAAUAACAUAAUAAUAUUAAAAACAAAAAUUCAACGUAAUAGAGGUUCAAAUAUUCCACCUCUUUCUGCAAAGCAAAAAUCAAAUCUGUUGUACAAAGAUACUCUCAUAUCCCUGAGCAGUUCCGGUCUAAAGAUUAAUUAUUUUGUCUCUCAAUUCCGCUAAAUUUCGGGCUCUUUUAAAACCAUGUCGAUAAACAAUUACUUGUAAAUAUCACCAAAGAAAAAAAUCAUUUGGGGAUAAAUCUGGUGAUCUGGGAGGCCACUUGAUCGUACCACGAGAAGAAUUUUGAACUGUUCGUGUAUUGUGAACAGGACAGCCGUCUUGCUGAAACCAAAUAUCGUCAAAGUUGACAGGAAGUAAUUGAACUGCUGGAAUAAUUUGAUUUUUGGGGAUAUUGUGUUCGUACUGGAAUACUCAAGUGUUUAUUAUGCCGAUACCAAUAUCGUACGACAAAAGAAUUAUGUUUCCGAUGUAACGAAAAUGUCGAUUCAUCGGUAAACAAAAUGUUUUUCAAAAAAAUGUUCAUUUUCAUUUUGUUUAUUCAUCACCAGUUCCCAAAAUUCAAUGCGUUUAUAAUUGUCCUCGGCUAGAGUUGUUGACACUUUAACAGAACGGCAACCAUACUUUAAAAUAUUCCUGACAGUCCUAUCAUUCAUGUCAACUUCUGCAAAAGUUUUGCUUGAACAAGGAUCAUUAGUUUCAGCAACACUAGAAACAUCAAUUUCCCUAUUUUGCCGAACUUCGUUGAUUAUUUUCUCUCGUGGUAGAUCCGUACAUUUUCAACAGUUUGGUACACAACCAAAAUACCAUUUUAAAAUUUGUACUUUUUCUUCGUUCGUAUAUAUGGUUUAUGGUUAGAAACACUACUUUAAUUUCAACUUAUGGCGUUAUAAUAAGAAGCAAAGGGCAAAGGUAUUUGAUUUGCUCGACCAGUGAUUUUCCUUGAGACUGCUGGCAAAUCGGUAGAUACCUUCGACAAAAAUCUGUAGAUUUCGAUAUAUCAUAAUAUACAUCCUUCAACAAUAUUUGGUAUAAGUGUAUUAAACUAUACAUUAACCAAUUCAAAUAAUAUCUAAUGAACACAAACAAAAUUGUUAUUAAUAAAACAUUAUUAUUAUCUGCACAAAAACACAGAAAAUCGGUAGACGAUACAACAGUGUCGACGUACGCCUGCCGAAUACGUUGCUACAAAUCGCAGAAGAGCAGCAAUCCAGAGGAACAAACAUGCUAAUUAUAAAACAUCGCGACAUUGUAUUGAAAUUUUCACUGGGUAAUUGCAAAUCAGGGGAUCUCAGUAAUUGUAUUAAAAAUCCAUAUGUUCCGUUAAAAACUUUCCAAGUGUAUAUAUGUUAAUACAGAAAUGGUUAAAUUUACUACUGGGAGAUUUGACAUUAUUUGCCGAGGGACGACUUGAUGAUCAAUAAAAUUUUAUCUUCUGUUUGUAGUGGGAGUCAAACCCACAUUGUUCGGUAUCCACUCACCUAUCACGAAAAUUACAGAGUUUCACUUAUUUUGGGAAUAUUUGUUUGCAUUUUUCCGGAUUGAGAACUUAAUCACGGAAAUGUUGAUUCUUGAUAGUAAGAAAUUAAGUUAUUUAUAGAUUUGUGUUAAUAAAAAUAUAUAUUUAUUUUUGUACAUUGAUUUACAUACGGUGAUAUACCAUAAAUGUUUACUAAUACUUUUAAAAACUUUUUCAGAGUAUAAAGGUGUACAUACUUCAGACUGUUAAAAAAUAUAAAAAUGUGCUUUGUUUUUGAAUUCGCUGUUAUAUAUUGCUACAAAAUUACUGAAAUAUAUUAUUGAUAUUACU